UCCUCGCGCUUGUGCGGCGGCGCGCGGAAGGUCGUCCCUGUGACCGGCCGGGCGUUUGGAGCAGCUGUCGCCAUGUUGUCGGCCGCCGCCCGCUCGGGCCCGUUCGCGCCCGUCCUGUCGGCUACGUCCCGCGGGGUGGCGGGCGCGCUGCGGCCCCUGGUGCAGGCCGCGGUGCCCGCCACCGCGGAGCCGGUCGUGCUGGACGGGAAGCGGCCCUUCCUCUGCCGGGAGUCGUUGAGCGGCCAGGCCGCGAGCCGGCCUCUGGUCGCCGUCGUGGGCCUCAAUGUCCCUGCUUGUGUUCGUUAUUCCCACACAGACGUCAGAGUGCCUGACUUCUCUGAUUAUCGGCGCAGUGAAGUGUUAGAUAGAACAAAGUCUUCCAAAGAGAGCACCGAGGCUAGAAAGGGCUUCUCCUACCUGAUAACCGCGACAACGUCCGUGGCUGCUGCCUACGCUGCCAAGAAUGUCGUCUCCCAGUUUGUCUCCAGCAUGAGUGCUUCCGCCGAUGUGUUGGCCAUGUCCAAGAUUGAAAUCAAGCUAUCCGAUAUUCCUGAAGGCAAGAACAUGGCUUUCAAAUGGAGAGGCAAACCUCUGUUUGUGCGCCAUCGGACCAAGAAGGAAAUUGACCAGGAAGCUGCUGUUGAAGUGGCCCAGCUGAGGGACCCCCAGCAUGAUCUAGAACGCGUGAAGAAACCCGAGUGGGUUAUCCUGAUCGGCGUCUGCACGCAUCUUGGCUGCGUGCCCAUUGCAAACGCAGGCGACUUCGGUGGCUACUACUGCCCUUGCCAUGGGUCUCACUAUGAUGCAUCGGGCAGGAUCAGGAAGGGGCCUGCGCCCCUCAACCUGGAAGUUCCCGCCUAUGAGUUCACCAGCGAUGACCUAGUGAUAGUGGGCUAGGGACCCGAACUCAGUCAGGCUCUUCGAGUCUUUAUGUCACCUCAGAAGAGCUAUUUGAGAGCAAGCCUUCUGUACUUCAAGUCGGUUGAUUUAGAAUAUUUAAGACUUGCUAAUAAUGUAUUUGCAAAUGUUAAUGUGAAGUAAAUUGAAUUUAAUUUCAAGCAUUCACCUAAUAAAGCCACUGUUAACAUUCUUGAGCUCAAAGACUGGAAAGGUGCAGUGUGUUCGAUGGUUAAUUCUAAUUAAAAAUCAGACUGGUGUGCAGGC